AUGGCGCUUGAGAAUCCGCACAAUUGGGACAGUGACAGUGACAGUGACGAUGAAUUCAAAGUACAAGGAGAUGAAAUACCAAAGUACAGGAAUCGGGUGAAAAAAGAAAUUCGUCAAGGAUAUAAAAUAUCCAAAAAACCUAAUGUAAAGCUAGUAGGCUUGUCAGCAAGCGCAUCUUCUCUCCUUGAUAUCAUUGAUACGUUCGACAGACCAGGCGAGGCUUCUGCAGUUGGUCCCUAUGCUGAGUCGGGUUCCUACGCCCAUGGGGGGGGAGAGAAUGAGCCUGGGAAACGGAUCCCCAAGGUCGGAGCCUACGCUGGCGCUGGGGUGGGGAAGGCCAAGGCUGAAUUUAGUGUGUUUGAGGCCGAAGCCAAAGGCCCCAAUGCAUCAGCUGCAGCAGAAGCCAAACCUUAUUCAUUUGGGGCAAUAGCCAGAGCGGAGCUGGGAAGUGUAUCCGCUGCUGCCGGCCCUUUAAAGGCCACUCUUGGCCUUGGGGUGGAUACUGGGGUGAAGGUGGCAGUGGAUGGGAUUGAGGCAAAAAUCUUAGGCACCGGGAUUAGACUUGGUCCCAAUACAAGUGUUUCUGUACUUGGCUCUGAACUUUCUUGUGUUAUUUCAUGAUGUACUUGGAUCCACUUAUCAAGGUCCAAAAAUGUCUUUCAUUCAUUCCCCUCCCAUUCUUACUCCAUGUAACCAAUCAUUAAUCUUUCCCUGUGAUAUAUCCACCCCCCCCCCCCAAAUAAAAACAUGCACUUUGUU